AUGGAGCGGCUGCGGGACCUGCGGGCUCGGCUGCAGGCGUGGGAGUGCGCGUUUCGGCGACAGCGCGGGCGAAGACCGGGCCAAGCAGACGUGGCCGCGGCGUCCGAGGAGACCCAGGCGCUCUACCGCGAGUACCGAGCGCUGAAGCAGGUCUUGGGCCAGGCAGGCGGCGACCGGUACCGCAGCCCUGAGCAAUCUGCUCUCGCGGCGAACCAGGAGCCAGAGCCCAGCUGCUGGGGGCCUCACCUGAAUCGGGCUGCUACGCAGACUCCACACCCUACCCCAGAGCCCAGACCCCGGGGUUCCAUGCAGGACUACGGGAAGAGGCUUAAGGCCAAUCUAAAGAACACCCUGCAGGCUGAGCCAGCCCUGGGCCGCGUACCUCGGGCUCCACGAAGACCCUUGUCUGAGACACCUGCCCUGGGGCCACCAGACACAGGGGCCGCUCCCUCCUCUCCAGGACUCUGCCAGGCACCCACCCAGCGCACUGGGCCCCAGCCGAGGCCAGGCCGGCUCAAGCAUCUGCAGUCAUCCCUGAGCCUGCGGCUGGGCUCCCUGGACCCUGGCUGGCUGCAGCGAUGUCAUGAUGGGGUCCCAGAUUUGCUGGGGGUUCCCGAGGCCUGCAGGCCUGGCCUGGGGGCAGAGGAGCUGUGCGGCCCUGGAGGAGGGUCACAGCCCCUGACCUCAGGUAUGCUGGCUGCCCCUGGCACCUGCUGUGGUUCUGAAGCUCCAGUGCUGCAGGGAGCAAGUGAUACUGAAGGGAGCCUCCAGCCCAGCAAGAAGCAGAGACGGAGUGGGGACACCGAGGGGGCCCCUUCACAGGCCCAGUGGGACGGCAGCCACGUGGGACCCCGGCCUAAGGAUGUUGGGGCCACAGAGCCUGAGAAAGACCUGCUGGGGGAGCCUGUGCAGGAGCAGUCACCUCGGCCCCACAGUGGCCCCACCGCACCCAGGCCCAUCAUCCCAGAAGGGGGCAAUUACGUAAGGCUCAACCUGAAGAAGAAACGCUACGUGCGGGGCCCAGCCCUGCGGGGCACUCGACUCCGCAAGCAGGUGUGGAGGCAGAAGUGGCAGAAGAAAGGGGAGUGUUUUGGGGGUGGUCGGCCCAAAGCCACAUUCAAGAAUUCCUGUUUCCGCUGUGGGCAGCUUGGCCAUUGGGCCUCCCAGUGCCCCCAACCAGGUGGGUUCCACCCGGAGGACAGGUCAGGCUUGGAGGGGCACCGUGUUCUUUAUGAGGGGAGAGACUUUUGGUCUAAGCAGCAAGCCCUACCUGCCUCCCACCCUGGCCCAGAGCCUGCCCCAGCACAGGAGGAGUACGCCCGAGACGAGGAGGGCACACGGCCCCUGCCCACACUGGAGGGAGUGGCCCAGAAGACAGGUGGUGCCCACUGCAAACUCCCUGCACAUGAGGACGCUGGACCUGCCAGGCCCAGGCUGCUGGGGACCUCAGAGUCCCACCCACCCAACGUGGUGUCCCCGCUCUACCCACCAGGACCUUCGGGUCAAGUGGCAGAAACCCCGCCUGAGGUGUUCCAGGCUCUGGGGCAGCUGGGGCACCGAGCCUUCCGCCCUGGGCAGGAGCAGGCUGUUAUGCGGAUCUUGUCAGGCAUCUCCACGCUGUUGGUGCUGCCCACGGGCGCCGGCAAGUCCUUGUGUUACCAGCUCCCGGCGCUGCUCUACGCCCAGCACAGCCCCUGCUUCACGAUAGUCAUCUCCCCGCUCCUGGCACUCAUGGACGACCAGGUAUCAGGCCUCCCUCCAGGUCUGAAGGUCACCUGUCUCCACUCGGGCAUGAACAGGAAGCAGCGGGAGGGCGUCCUACGGAAGGUUCGGGCAGCCCAGGUCCAUGUGCUGAUGCUGUCACCUGAGGCGCUGGUGGGGGCUGGAGCGGGGGGCUCUGCCCGCCUGCCCCCAGCCUCUCAGCUGCCGCCAGUGGCCUUCGCCUGCAUCGACGAGGUGCACUGCCUCUCGCAGUGGUCUCACAACUUCCGGCCCUGCUACCUGCGCGUGUGCAAAGUGCUACGGGAACACCUGGGUGUGCGCUGCUUCCUGGGCCUUACAGCCACCGCCCCACGCAGCACCGCCCUCGACGUGGCCCGGCAUCUGGGUGUGGCCGAAGGGCCAGGCCCCGGCAGGCUCCCGGCCACCAUCCCCGCCAACCUGCACCUCUCUGUAUCCAUGGACAGAGACCCUGAGAAGGCCCUGGUCACACUGUUGCAAGGGGAACGGUUCUGCGGCCUGGACUCCAUCAUCAUCUACUGCAACCGGAGGGAGGACACGGAACGCGUCGCCGCCCUCCUCCGCACCUGCCUGCGCGAGACCCCAGGCCCCGGAGGUGGCGCCCUCCAGGCUCUGGCCGAAGCGUAUCACGCUGGCUUGUGCGGCCGGGAGCGGCAACGGGUGCAGCGGGCCUUCAUGUGCGGCCGGCUGCGCGUGGUGGUGGCCACGGUGGCCUUCGGUAUGGGGCUGGACCGGCCGGACGUGCGGGCCGUGCUGCACCUGGGGCUGCCCCCAAGCUUCGAGAGCUACGUGCAGGCCGUGGGCCGGGCGGGGCGCGACGGGCGGCCUGCCCACUGCCACCUCUUCCUGCGGCCCCAGGGUGAGGACCUGCAGGAACUGCGCAGACACGUGCACGCCAACGCCGUGGACUUCCUUGCCGUGAAGAAGCUGGUGCAGAGCGUGUUCCUCCCCUGCUCCUGUGCCUGCCCGUCCCUGGAGGGCGGUGGGAGUGGAGAGCGGCAGGCUGGGAUCCCACAAGAGACUGGGCGGCACAGCAGCCAGGACACAGCCCCUGCGCCAGGGAGAGCCUGCCUGGGCCACACAAGGGCCCUCCUUGUGCAGCCGACAGAGCAGGCCCUGGACAUGCCCCAGGAGGCCAUCGAGACCCUGCUGUGCUACCUGGAGCUGCAUCCACAGCGCUGGCUGGAGCUGCUGGUGCCCACCUACGCCCGCUGCCACCUACACUGCCCCGGGGGCACUGCUCAGCUCGGCGCCCUGGCCCUCGGGUGUCCCCCUCUGGCAGCAUGCCUGGCCCGGCAGCCACCCGAAGACACAGGUGACGGCAGCAGCUCCGUGGAGUUCGAUGUGGUCCAGCUGGCCGACUCCAUGGGCUGGGAGCUGGCCCCCGUGCGGCGGGCCCUGCGCCAACUGAAGUGGGACCAAAGUCCCGGGGCAGGGGCGCCGCAGGGCACGGGGGUGCUCGUGGAGUUCAGGGAGCUGGCCUUCCAGCUGCGCUGCCCCAGGGACCCGACCGCCGAGGAGAAGGACCAGCUCUGCGAGUUCCUGCACAGCCGCGUGCAGGCACGAGAGCGGGAGGCCCUGGCCCACCUGCGCCGCACCUUCCGGGCCUUCCACAGCGUGGCCUUCCUCAGCUGCGGGCCCUGCCUGGAUCAGCCCGACGAGGAGCGCAGCACCCGGCUCAAGGCCCUGCUCAGGGGCUACUUUGAGGGAGAAGAGGAGGAGACACUGAGGCCAGAGAACAUGGACGACAAAGAGAGCCCAGAGCCCGGGCAGGCCAGACUCCAGGACUGGGAGGACCAGAUCCGCCGAGACAUCCGCCAGCUCCUGGCCCUGCGGCCAGAGGAGAAGUUCUCAGGCAGGGCUGUGGCCCGCAUCUUUCACGGCAUUGGAAGCCCCUGCUAUCCAGCCCAGGUGUACGGGCGGGACAGGCGCUUCUGGAGGAGGUACCUACACGUGAGCUUCCAUGCCCUGAUGCGCCUGGCCACAGAGGAGCUGCUGCUGCGGGGCCGCUGACCGCCUGCUGCACUCAGGCACCCAUGGGGGUAGUGGCGGCCGGGGCGGCGACUGACCACCCUGGGCAAAGCCCACCAGCAGAGGUGUGGGGGCAGGGGCCCUGA